UAACGUGCAACGAAGCUUCGCUAAACAUUUCUGAGACUCAAAUCAAACUUUGAAGAGCAUAUAUACACCUAGUUACAGAUAUUUGCUCAUUCGUGUUACAACAUCUAACAAAGGAAAAUUGCUUGCGUGCUUAUUUUGCCCAACGAAUUACAAUUACCCUGAAGAUAUAUAACGUCCACCGUAAUAAGCUCAACGUUCAGUGAUCAAACAAGCAAGCUUCGAAUCUCUUCGAGUAAUCAAAAUGAAGACCAUUCCAAUUGUUUUCGUAUCUGCAGUUUGUAUUUUCUUUAUGAACGUAUUUGCUGAAGACAAGUAUACGACAAAGUAUGACGGUAUUGAUAUUGAUUUGGUAUUGACCAACGAAAGACUUUUGAACGGAUAUGUGAAUUGUUUAUUGGAUCGUGGAUCUUGCACCGCAGAUGCUACUGAACUUAAAAAAAAUCUGCCCGAUGCUUUGGAACACGACUGUUCAGCUUGCAGUGAGAAGCAGAAAACAAUUGCUGAUAAGGUGUCACAUUUUUUAAUUGAUAACAGGGUUGAAGAUUGGAGUCUCCUCGAGGCGAAAUACGACCCAACUGGUGCCUAUAGGCAACGUUAUUUAGAAAACCGAGUCAAAGAGAAAUCUAUAGACUAACUUUUGAUGUGCUGCUUGUUUAAGUGUGCUUUAUGUAAACAUAAUGAUACACUGUAACUUCUUUAUGACAACUGCAAAUAUAUCAUGAAUAUGUAUGAAUAAUA